AUGGUUGUGCCGUUUGUGAUUCUCCUCUUAUCCGCACUCGCCACUGCCAGCUCAGCAGAUGGUAGGCUUCAUACCGUUACGCCCUAUAAGGCGGAUAUCGAAGAUUCGAGCCGCAGUCAUGUUGCGAAUGCGGCGAUUUUGUCAUCUUCCGCAGAUCCCACCUACACGAAUCAGGUGCGACAACGCCUUGGCAGCACACAUCAGCGACUCCGUCUAUCCAGCCGGCUAGCCGUUCCUCGUGACGUUCCAUCAGCAGCCGAUGACAAAGAAGCUUCCCCUGAUCGCCGCGCUCUUUCCGCCACGGAUCCGCGCGUUUCCGCGCCGAGCCUCUCCUCUGGUCCGAACCUGGUCUCUAAGUUCGCUUUCAUGCAGCCUCGGGAUCCGCGCCAGAUUACGCCGGCUCCUCCGAGCCUGGCCCCCCCAGUCCUGCCCCCCCCGAUCGCGAAGUCUCCGCCAGUCAAACCUCCGCCAGUCAAGCCUCCCCCAGUCAAGCCUCCCCCAGUCAAGCCUCCGCCGCCGUUUUUCCAGCCCUGGCCAAUCAACGGGCAGGGAAUCUUCAACGUGCUACAGUUCGGGGCGCGCGCGGACGGGCGCACGGACAACACGGACGCGUUUCGGCGCGCGCUGCUGACGGCGUGCGCGUGGGGGAAGGCGCGGAGCGGAUACGCGCGCGUGGUGGUCCCCGCGGGCGGGCUGUUCCAGAUCUUCCCCGUCAACCUGGAGGGGCCGUGCGGCGCUGGCUUGGCGGUGCAGGUGGGUGCUAAGCGGUGUGGAGAUCAACGGGGGCAUUGCCGGGCCAGCCAACGUGACAUCCUACCUCAAGCCGCGAAAGAGCAACGCGUGGGCUUUGCUGCUUUUCAGGAAGGCGGGUGGAUGGAUAACAAGGCUCCCCCUUACGCAACCUAUCCCCACUGCCCUUUCCGUCCCUUUCUUCCGCUGCUCUCUCCCCACAACAGAUAA